CAACAUUCGUUGCAGCAGCCUAGAAAGAACUCUUUACACCGAGCAGAUCCUCAUUCUUCCCAGUCUUGUUCAGGUUCCUUUCUUUUACUCUCCUCUCCCUCAUGUCUUGAGCUCGACCUCUACUAUCAGCCAUGGCGAGGCUAUCCAACCCCGUCGCCUUCACUCGCUGGCCUGUAACUAUCCUAACCACAGCGGUCUAUCUCGCGAUUACUAUCACAUUGAUCAUUGUUCACACAGGCGUGCCAACUCCUCCAUCUUCUGCCACACCCCUACAUGGCAUCAACUUGACCGAGGCAUGGGACGAUCUGCAGCUCCUCACCUCCUCCCGUCAUCCUUACAAUACCCACGCCAAUGACAAAGUCCACGACUGGCUUCUCGCCCGAAUCACGUCUAUCUUGGAGGAGAAUGUGGAAAGCCCCUCAGGCACUUCGGCCAGGCCACCGUCUGUCUAUGUAUUCGAAGAUAACACGUCGAACUUGACAUACUCAUCGGGCGGAAUUUCAGGAGUUGGUGGUACCAGUGUCUACUUUGAGGGCACAAACGUUAUCGUCUACAUACCAGGCAUAGAAGAUGAUUUAUCACAAUGGUGGCUAGAGCCGAAUGGGAAACCUUCUUCUCGAAAUGCUGUCUUGGUGAAUGCUCACUACGAUAGUGUCUCUACUGGUUUUGGUUCCACAGACGAUGGUGUUGGUGUCAUAUGUGUGCUCCAGCUGUUGAAGUACUUCAGCACACCUGACAACAAGCCUAAGAAUGGCGUUGUCCUUCUACUCAACAAUGGCGAAGAAGACUUUUUGAACGGCGCCAAUGUGUUUGGACAACAUCCCAUGUCCAAAGUGGUCAGCAAUUUUCUCAAUCUUGAAGGAGCGGGUGCCGGAGGGAGAGCUGCUCUUUUCCGAAGCACCGAUGAUGCUGUAACGAAAGCUUAUGCUCACUCAAAAUACCCCUUCGGCUCAUCUACCUCUGCCGAUGGCUUUGAACGGGGCCUGAUCCGUAGUCAGACGGACUAUGUCGUGUUCAAUGGGAAGCUGGGUCUGAGAGGUCUAGAUGUAGCUUUCAUUGGACCGCGAGCACGAUAUCAUACUGAUCAAGAUGACUCGCGACACACAGGUAGAGCAUCACUUUGGCAUAUGCUUUCCGCAGCGGUAGCAACCACUGAGUCUUUGACCUCUACUUCCCUGGAGACGAAUCUGGAACCUGGCAACACACCGGGCCACCGGGCUCUCUGGUUCGAUAUGUUUGGCCGAGCAUUCGCUGUCCUCCGAGCCCAUACAUUCUUCGCUCUCUCUGUCACGCUGCUGGUGGCAGGACCCGUCAUCCUCUUGAUCACGCUGAUAUUACUCUAUCGAUUUGACAAGUUUUACCUCUUUUCUGGGUCAAGGGAAUACCAUAUGCCAGAUGGGGAGGAUAAAGUUUCCUUGUAUGGGUGGCGUGGGUUCUUCCGCUUCCCAAUGAUAUUGCUUGUGGCGUGUGCAGCGCCAAUCGCUCUGGCAUAUCUUUUGUUCAAGGAAAACCAGUAUAUUGCGCACAGUAGCGAGUGGGCGGUUUGGAGCAUGAUGAUUUCAUCAUUUGUCUUUGUGGCAUGGUUCCUCUGCCGAACUGCAGAUUUUGGGAGACCGUCAUCGCUAACUCGGGUGUACGGACUGUCUUGGAUGUGGCUUGCAUGGUGGGUAUUCUUGGUUGUUGCCACUGUUUUCGAAGAACAUCUGCACUUGGUCGGAGUUUACUUUGUUCUCAUUUACACCGCUACUCUCUUUUUGGCCACAUGGCUAGCCUACCUAGAGCUCUUCUCUUUGCCAAAGAAGUCGACAUAUUGCCGUGGUAAGGUUGGAGACGAUUCUUCUACGGCGCCUUCGCGCAGUAGCUCAGGAGCGAGGUACGGGACUUCCGCUCCAGGACAAGAGGAAACCGGCGAAGAUGGUGGAAACGACGAAGGUGAGCCAACAGAGAGGUCCAGCUUGUUGAGAAGUCGGGGACGAUCGACCUUCAAGGGGUACCGUCCAGAAGGCACUGAACCCAGCCCAAGUGCGAAAUCUAAAGACGACAAGAGCUCGCAGCCCGAAGAACAAGAAUGGAGCAAGUCUCAGUGGACGUCACUUUGGCUGCUACAAAUGCUUGUGGUUGUGCCCAUCAAUCUGAUCAUCGUUGGCCAACUUGGAUUGCUGACUGCCGAGGGACUACAUCAGACUGGCCAAGAUGGGAGCUCGAUGUUCUUGGUUUACAUUAUGAUGGCUGUCGCGACGAUUUUGAUGUUUUCUCCUGUCGUCCCAAUCCUGCACCGAUUCACCUGGCAUAUUCCUAUAUUCCUCCUUCUCGUUCUAAUAGGCACGCUGUCAUACAACCUCGUCGCUUUUCCAUUCUCAGCGGACAACAGGCUGAAACUCUUCUUCGUUCAGCAAGUCGACCUUGAUACAGGGGACAACUUGGCGUCGCUUGCUGGAGCCACCCCUUUUGUGCGCUAUGCCGUAGCAGAACUGCCUAGUGCGCCCGAUCGAUCUCUCGAUUGCAUCUCUUAUGGACCGGACAACAAUCUCGAGAGAUGUUCGUGGCCCGGCAUCCCACCGAACGUGGCGAAUCCUACAAGUUCGGUUCCUCCCGAGAAACGGUACAAGAGCUGGCUGAGUUUCAACGCCACCCGGAUUAACAACAGUGACAGCAACAACGAGGCACGUUUCGUCAUCUACGGAAAAAACACACGAGCGUGCAAAAUCGUGUUUGACUCACCGAUCAGUGCAUUCCAUGUCGAAGGUCAAGCACCUCGCGACAAGCGAUUCACCCCCGUACCCGAAAGUGGAAGUACAGAGGUCCGACUGUGGUCGAGGACCUGGGAUCGUGCUUGGACCGUUAACGUGUCGUGGGCAGAUUCUGCUUCGGGCAAAGAGGGGGAUGACGACGACGACGACCAGGACGGGCACAAGCUUGCACGCAAUGAGACCAACAUGACGGGCAGGGUUGUGUGCCUGUGGAGCGAUGUGAAUCAGGUGGGGUUGAUUCCUGCAUUCGACGAAGCCGUGCACUAUACACCGGACUGGGUGGCCAUCACGAAAGCCAGCGACGGCUUAGUCGAGGGCUACAAGAACUUCAAGGUGUGAGUAGUGGCUUCGUUUGAGUCUAUGUGGGAGAUGUAGAAUUUGAUUUUCCAUCUGCACGAGCUUGCGACGGGUAUUCCCACCGGGUGUUUGGUGAGGGUUGUAUCAUGUAUUAUGAUUUUUGUCUCACUCUUCUGGGGGUUUGAUGCAUACUAGUAUAGCACAUGGGCGCGCAAAUUGAGAUGUCUCGUUUUUGAAC